CACCCAUAAUACAAUAUUUCCGGUAUGCGCCAUUUUCCUUUUCAUCGAAACCUACCGCGUCCUGUACAUCGCAUUUAAAAUCAUGGGUGAUGAUGAUGGUUGUGUGGUACGUCUGAGAGGCCUUCCUUGGUCAGCAACAGCCCAGGAAGUCCUAAAAUUCUUUGGAGAUGAUGUGGCUGUUGUUGGAGGCGAGAAUGGAGUGAACUUCACCUUCUCAAGGGAAGGCAGACCUAGUGGGGAGGCCUUUGUGCAAAUGGUUGAUGAAGCAAAUGUACAGAAAUCACUUGAAAAACACAAUCAGCACAUGGGAAACCGAUACAUUGAAGUAUUUAGAUCUAAAACAAGUGAGAUGGACUGGGUCAUCAAAAGAGCAGGACAGGGACAAAUGUCUGGGUCAAACGAGGCUGUUGUCAGACUCAGGGGGCUACCUUUUGGUUGUUCUAAAGAAGAAAUUGCACAAUUUUUCACAGGGUUGGAGAUUGUACCCAAUGGGAUAAUGCUACCUGAGGAUCAACAGGGGAGAAGCACGGGGGAGGCCUAUGUCCAGUUUGCUGAACCAGACAUAGCGGAAAGGGCUUUGCUCAAACACAAGGAACGAUUGGGGCACAGAUACAUAGAAAUAUUCAAAAGCAGCAUGCAGGAAGCUUUCCAAGCAGUUGGACAGCCCCGAAUGAUACGUCCUUUGAUGAAUUCUGGAAUGCAGCAGAGACGUGGACCCUAUGACCGGAAUAACCGAGGCUUUGGAAUGGGUAGCGGUAGCGGAGGUGGUGGUGGAAUGGGAAUGGGAGGUGGAGGAGGAAUGGGAGGCUAUGGAAUGGGACGAGGAGGUCGUAAUGUCAAAGGAUUCUUUGAAGAUGACUUUGAUGACUACAGUGGUGGUUACGGCGGUAUGAGGCAGGGAUUUAGUGGCAUGGGUAAUAGACGAGGAGGAAGUGGCAGCGGAGGUGGUGGAAUGGGUGGAAUGAGACAGCAACAGCAGAGAGGCGGACGCAUGGGAGGAGGAGGGAUGCAGCAAUUACCAAUGAACAACAACAGACCAAGAGGAACAACACCUGGAAGCUCUUAUGCCAGCAAGUCUGGUCAUUCCGUACAUAUGAGGGGCCUGCCAUUCCAGGCUCUGGAAAAUGAUAUUGCAGAGUUUUUUAAGCCAUUGAAGCCAGUUUCCAUAGAGUUUGAGUUUUCUGCUAAUGGGCGACCGACAGGAGAAGCUAAUGUUGACUUCGCUGAUCACCAAGAAGCUGUUGAUGCUAUGAAGAACCAUAAGAAAAAUAUGCAUCACAGAUACAUAGAACUAUUCCUGAACUCCACACCUACAGGACGUACCAACUACGGCUCUGGAGGAGGCUUUGGUGGAGGCAUGGGAAGUGGCAACAUGGGAAGUGGCAACAACAUGGGAGGCAACAACAUGGGAAGUGGCAACAUGGGAGGCGGCAACAUGGGAGGAGGAAACAUGGGAGGUGGCAACAUGGGAGGUGGAAACAUGGGAGGUGGAAAUAUGGGCAACAACAUGGGCAACAACAACAUGGGCAACAACAACAUGGGCAACAAUAUGGGAGGAGGAUACGAUGGAGAUGGCUACGGAGGUGGUUAUGAUGGAGGAAACAUGUCCAAUAAUUUCAUGGGAAAUGAUGGAGGCUAUGGAGGUGGCAACAUGGGAGGCAACAACAUGGGUGGAGGGAUGGGAAUGGGCAGUGGUAUGGGAGGAAACAAUAUGGGAGGCGGCGGCGGCAUGGGGGGAGGAAUGAACAACAAUCUGAUGGGAAAUCCCAACUACACAGCUUUCUAAGUAUUUACAAACCAUGGACUCUUCAUCAACUGAUCUAGUGGUUACAAACAGACUUUGAUUGGAAAAUGUGUUGUAAGAUGAGUAAUCUUAUUGUAGGAAACAAUCUUAUUUUUGUAUAAAGUUGAUGUA